AUGUCUGUUGCGGUAGCCGGAUUGCCUCCAGCUCCACAAGAAACAGCAACAGUAAGACGGCCACCACAUGAAAUUUUCGGGACAUUUGGGCUGCAUAUAGCUGGCUUGGCGGAACACCAAGUCCCGCAAAGACGUCAAAGGCGUGGCCAGACGCAGCGACACACAUAUCAGCCAAUGCAAGAACACCAGCAGCAGGAACCCCGGGGGGAAGCUUAUUGCGGCCAGGAGCACCAUGAGCAGCACUCCAGGCAACGGCUGCAGUCUCACGGGCAGCAUGCGCAGCAGCAGGAGGGUGAACAGGAACACCAGCUGCUCGGCGUGAAGCGUCGUCGUGUGUGUGCUGAAUGCGACCGGCCCUGUUCAGUUUGCUACUGCGAUAUCAUCAAAGGCCGGGAGCUGAAUUUAUCUGAUGAGUCUGUCUCCUGUGUAGUUGAAAGAGUUUUAAUUUUUAUGCAUCCCCUCGAGAAAAAGAGAAAAAGCGGGUCUGUACAAGUGCUACAGAAGCUCAUCAAGGGCUUGGAAGUAUGGCCGCACAGGAAGCCGGGAUGCUGCCCGUUUGCUACGGAGCAGCAGCAACGGCAGCAACACGAGCAGCACGAACUAAGGCAAGAGCAAACGGUACGGCACGAGACAGCAGCUGAACGCGCUGUUCUUGCAGAUGCACCGGUUGAGGAGCCGAAAGUGUCUGCUCCAACUAACCCUAAAGACAAGAAGGAAGCAAAGCUGCCUCAGCAGCAACAGCAUCUUUGUACACGGGAGGGCACUGUGUUGUGCGAUACCAGUAGGAUGGUAUUGUUGUUCCCCACAGAGUCUUCUUUUCCCUUGGGGGAAGGGACUCUGCCGUUUCGAUUGCCGUUGACACUACUAGCUAUCGACGGGACUUGGAAAGAGGCCAAAGAAAUGUUCAAAGCCACUCCUUGGCUGCAGCAGCUGCCAGCCGUGCACCUGCCUCUUCUGAAGACGGAGGGCCAGGCAGACCACUGUGGUGGUGGUGGUGUCGCUGCUGCUGCUGUUGCUGAUUUAGUUGCUGCCGACUGCGGCAGCAGCAACAGCGAAGACACAAUGGAGGCAGUCCGAGUCUCAGGGGCUUACGGGAUGAUAAGAACGCCACCGGCCCGCAUUGCAGCCAGCGGAGGCGUCUGCACGGCUGAGGCCGUUGCUGAGGCUCUAUCCAUCAUCGGCCGUUGGGCCCGCAGCGGCUCUUCCUCUUUGUUGCAAAUUGGUGAAACAACUAGGGAGACACUUCAGCGCAUAGUGUCCCUGCAGCAAGAGAUGCGAGACCGAAACAAAAGCAGGCAGUCAACAGAUUGA